GCGACAAUUCCUGCACAUUUGUCCGUCUGAACGCACCGCGGCCCUGUGAGGUAAGCCAGGUGAGAUGAGGUGACCAGCCCGAGGUGACAGCCACGGGACGCUCCAGGACCUCAGCCAGCCUCAGCGCGGAUGGCAUCGCCACCCCCCCUUUUCCUGGGGCCCUCCCCCAAGCCUCCUGCUGUGUGGGGACAGUCCCCUGGCUUCUUUCUGCACUGUCCUGGGACAGGCCCGAGGGCCCUGCCUUCCUGCGGUGGUCCAGAGCACGCUUGUCUGCCCUGCAUGGGUCAGAACCGUGCAGUGGUCUGCACAGGUGCAGUGUUCUGACCCAACACCAAGAUCUGGGUGGUGACCUUGGCCAAGCCCCCUGUCCUUGUCUCUGAAAUGAUGGAGGACCAUGUGUCCCUUAUUGGGUCACUGGGGAGACUUAGAGGCACCGUGUUUGGGAAGUGCCCUAGGAUGGUAGAUGCCUGGGGUCCGGAAGGCAUGGUUCUCACGGGGUCCCCUUGUCCUUGUUUCGGGUGCACUUUGGGUGCCAGGUCACCUCCGGGUGGAACGCUGCACGUGGCGGGCCCUUUUUCCCGCCCUGAUUCCAUGUGCCAGGCUGGGGGCCCCGCGGUUGGGAAAACCUCACGAGUGAGCAGCUGCUUGCGCCGCAGGGCAGCGCCGAGGAGUUGUCGCCCGCCGCUUCGGAGAAAAGACGCCGGAGGAAGCAGGAGCGCGACCGGAAGAAGAGGAAGCGGAGCGAGCUGAGAGCAAAGGAGAAGGCGGCGAAGGCCCCCGACGGGGCGGAGGCUGCCGAGCCACCUCCCGAGGCGCCCCGCGAGGAGGCGCAGGCCCGGCCGGGGCUGCUCUUCAAUAAGGUGGAGGUGAGCGCGGAGGAGCCGGGCGGCAAGGCCCAGCGCAGGAAGGAGAAGAGGCGGCAGCUGAAGGGGAACCUGACGCCGCUGACGGGCAGGAAUUACCGGCAGCUGCUGGGGCGCCUGCGGGCGCGGCGGGCCCGGCUGGAGGAGCUGCGGGGCCAGGACGCGGGCCAGGCCCGGGCGCUCGAGGCCAAGAUGCAGUGGACCAACCUGCUGUACAAGGCCGAGGGCGUGAAGAUCCGCGACGACGAGCGCCUGCUGCAGGAGGCCCUGAAGCGCAAGGAGAAGCGGCGGGCGCAGCGGCAGCGCGCGUGGGAGAAGCGCACGGUGCACGUGCUGGGGAGGAUGCAGGAGCGGCAGGACAGGCGGCGGCAGAACCUGCGCAAGAAGAAGGCGGCCAGGGCCGAGCGGCGCCUGCAGAAGGCCCGCAAGAAGGGCCGCAUCCUGCCCCAGGACCUGGAGCGGGCCGGCCUGGCCUGAGGGCCCGGCUGCCCGGCCCCGACCCGGCUGGCCGCAGGCUCCGGGUCCCGGCCGAGAGCGGACGCCGCAGCGUGCUGGAGAGCCUUCGGAUUCGGGGCAGGGCUGACCCAAAUCCGGGCUCUAGGCUCCUCGUGUGAGGCCGGGACGCUCCCUGACAGUUGCGGGCUGGGGGGCGAGGGAGCGGCGAGGGGGGAGGGGCGUCUUGGGGGGGGCGCUUCCCUGGUGCCCUCUUCGUCUCCCGUGUUCACAGGAGCAGGACCUGCUGUGUCUGCCCCGAACUCACUUGGGAAGGACAAAAACCAGGCAGCUCCUGAAGCCUGAGCUGAAGAGUUGACGGGCUCGGUAACUGGGAGGAGGCGGGGUCGUCCUUAGGCUGCCUGGAAUUGAGUUAUUCGAAGUUAAUUUCUAAGGUGGGUGAAACCUAGAAUUUAAGGUAAGCACGCACAUUAAAAUUCCUAAGGUAACCACUAAAAGAAGCAGUGUUAGUGAGCUAGCAGGAAGAACAGCAGAGUGGGGUGGACAGUUAUCCAUCUAGGGGGAGGCAGGAGAGAAAGAGUAAAACCUAGAACCGAGCGAGGCCAAUGGAGGGUGCACAGUCAGAGGCACAGUUAAGUCCAAGCCCGCCGGCAGCCAGGAUGAAUGCACGGGACAAAACUCAAUGAAUUUUGUGGUAUGUGGAUUAUAUUUCAGUAAAACUGUAAAUAAAAUUCUUUUGACCAAACUCCA